GAAGCCCUCUUCCUCCGCACCUCUCUUAUCCACACAGGACAGGAGAGAAGCUACAUUGCUGGGAACAUUUGCACUUACACCUGCAAUUUACUUCUAGAACCGUCUGGGGAAGAACAUACGAAAGUGUCAGUGACCAGUCAUGUCGGCCAAAGCCAUCUCCGAGCAGACGGGAAAGGAGUUCCUCUACAAGCACAUCUGCACGUCGGCGGCUGUGCAGAACCGAUUCCGCUACGCCAACGUGACGGCCGAGACCGACUUGGACCGACUGGCCAAGGAGCACCCGUGGCUGCUCACCGAGAGGCUGGUGGUGAAGCCCGACCAGCUGAUUAAGCGGCGAGGGAAGCUGGGCCUGGUCGGCGUCAACCUGGACCUGAACGGCGUCCGCGAGUGGCUGAAGUCCCGCCUCAUGAGAGAGACGAUGGUGGGAAAAGCCAAGGGCGUACUCAAGAAUUUCCUUAUCGAGCCUUUUGUCCCCCAUAAGCAGGAGGAGGAGUUCUACCUGUGUGUCUACGCCGCCCGCGAGGGCGACUACGUGCUGUUCCACCACGAGGGAGGGGUGGAUGUGGGAGACGUGGAUGCCAAGGCGCAGAAGCUGCUCGUUGCAGUGGAUGAAAAGAUCAGCGAAGACUCUGUGAAGAAGGAGCUGCUGACUCACGUCCCCCGCGACAAGAAAGCGGUCCUGGCCAGCUUCAUUGUCGGGCUCUUCAACCUGUAUGAGGACCUGUUCUUCACGUACCUGGAGAUCAAUCCAGUGGUGGUCACAAAAGAUGGAGUUUACGUGCUGGACAUGGCAGCCAAGAUCGAUGCCACGGCCGACUACAUCUGCAAGGCCAAGUGGGGAGACGUGGAGUUCCCUCCACCCUUCGGCCGGGAGGCUUAUCCUGAGGAAGCCUACAUUGCCGACCUCGAUGCCAAGAGCGGUGCUAGCCUGAAACUGACCCUGCUCAACCCGCGAGGAAGGAUCUGGACCAUGGUGGCGGGAGGAGGCGCCUCGGUGGUGUACAGUGACACAAUCUGUGACCUGGGCGGCGUCGACGAGCUGGCCAAUUACGGGGAAUAUUCCGGCGCACCGAGUGAACAGCAGACCUACGACUACGCCAAGACUAUCCUGUCCCUGAUGACCAGAGAGAAGCACCCUGACGGAAAAGUUUUGAUCAUCGGCGGAAGCAUUGCAAACUUCACGAACGUCGCCGCCACGUUUAAGGGCAUCGUUCGCGCCAUCAGAGACUAUCAGGUGCCCCUGAAGGAGCACGAGGUCACCAUUUUUGUCCGCCGCGGAGGCCCCAACUACCAGGAAGGCCUCAGAGUGAUGGGAGAAGUUGGCAAGACGACCGGGAUCCCCAUCCACGUCUUUGGCACAGAAACCCACAUGACCGCCAUCGUCGGCAUGGCGCUGGGCCACCGGCCGAUCCCCAACCAGCCGCCGGUCGCCGCCCACACCGCCAACUUCCUUCUCAACUCCAGCGGCAGCGUGUCGACCCCAGAAUCCAGCAGAACUGCUUCUUUCUCUGAAACCAGAGCCCAGGUCGAGGACUCGCCAGCAAAAAAGGCCAAAGGGGGAGCUCCCAUCGCCAAGCCAACUACCCUCUUCAGCAAACACACCAAGUCCAUAGUGUGGGGUAUGCAGACCCGGGCAGUACAGGGCAUGCUGGACUUUGAUUACGUCUGCUCCAGAGAGGAGCCAUCUGUGGCAGCUAUGGUCUACCCGUUCACUGGAGACCACAAACAGAAGUACUAUUGGGGCCAUAAAGAGAUCCUCAUACCAGUGUAUAAGAACAUGAGUGACGCCAUGAAGAAGCACCCAAAGGUGGACGUGCUCAUCAACUUUGCCUCUUUGCGCUCAGCCUUUGACAGCACCAUGGAGACGAUGCAGUACCCACAGAUUCACACCAUUGCCAUCAUUGCUGAGGGAAUCCCUGAAGCGCAUACCAGGAAGAUCAUCAAGGCCGCAGACAAGAAGGGCGUGAACAUCAUUGGACCAGCAACCGUUGGAGGAAUCAAGCCCGGCUGCUUCAAGAUCGGGAACACGGGGGGAAUGUUGGAUAACAUCCUGGCCUCCAAGCUCUAUCGCCCAGGCAGCGUGGCCUACGUGUCUCGCUCGGGCGGCAUGUCCAAUGAACUUAACAACAUAAUCUCGCGCACCACCGACGGUGUUUUUGAAGGCGUGGCCAUUGGCGGUGACCGAUACCCGGGCUCAGUGUUCACUGAUCACGUGCUGCGCUACCAGGACACUCCUGGAGUGAAGAUGAUCGUUGUACUGGGAGAGAUUGGAGGCACCGAGGAGUACAAGAUCGGCCAGGCCAUCAAACAGGGCAGGAUCACAAAGCCAGUGGUGUGCUGGUGUAUUGGUACCUGCGCUACAAUGUUUUCCUCCGAGGUGCAGUUCGGGCAUGCCGGAGCCUGUGCCAACCAGGCCUCCGAGACCGCAGUAGCUAAGAACAACGCUCUGAAGGAGGCGGGUGCAUUCGUCCCAAAGAGCUUUGAUGAGCUGGGAGAGAUCAUCAACUCUGUUUACGAUGACCUUGUUGCCAAAGGUGUCAUCAAGCCGGCUGUAGAGAUGCCUCCUCCCACUGUGCCGAUGGAUUACUCCUGGGCACGAGAGCUGGGUCUGAUCCGUAAGCCUGCUUCCUUCAUGACGAGUAUCUGCGACGAGAGGGGCCAGGAGCUCAUCUAUGCAGGCAUGCCCAUCACUGAGGUCUUCAAGUCAGAAAUAGGCCUGGGAGGAACUCUUGGGCUUCUGUGGUUCCAGAGGAGGUUGCCGAGGUACGCCUGCCAGUUCAUCGAGAUGUGCCUCAUGGUGACGGCCGAUCACGGCCCCGCUGUUUCCGGUGCCCACAACACCAUUGUCUGUGCUCGAGCUGGCAAAGACCUCAUCUCCAGUCUCACCUCCGGCCUUCUCACCAUCGGUGACCGCUUUGGCGGAGCUCUGGAUGCUGCGGCAAAGCAGUUCAGCAAGGCCUUCGACAGCGGCAUGCUGCCCAUGGAGUUCGUCAACAAGAUGAAGAAGGACGGCAGGCUGAUCAUGGGCAUCGGCCACAGAGUCAAGUCGAUUAACAAUCCCGACAUGAGAGUCCAGAUCCUGAAGGACUUUGUGAAGCAGCACUUCCCCUCCACCCAGCUGCUGGACUACGCGUUAGAUGUGGAGAAAAUCACCACCUCCAAAAAACCAAACCUGAUCCUGAAUGUGGAUGGCUUUAUCGGCGUAGCCUUUGUGGACCUGCUCAGAGCUUGUGGUGGUUUUACAAGGGACGAAGCCGACGAGUUUGUGGAAAUUGGAGCUCUGAAUGGCAUCUUUGUCCUGGGGCGCAGCAUGGGAUUUAUCGGACACUACCUGGACCAAAAGAGGCUGAAGCAGGGUCUGUAUCGCCACCCCUGGGAUGACAUCUCUUAUGUGCUCCCAGAACACAUGUCCAUGUAAUCUGUGAGGAGUAAAGCAGAGAGCGUCGGCCCGCUGUCCCCUCACCGAGCCCACACUGUGAUCAGUCACCCCCGAGCAGUGGCGUAAUAUGUAACUAUCAAUAUUGCUGCAAAUGUUGAAAAGAAAAGUGUGAUUUUUAGUUUUAGAAACCUGUCAGUGCUGCAGCUUUUCCGAUGUUAGUGUAACCUGCCAAACUGUGACGCUCUAGUAAAACAAACUCUGGUUUGACUGAGUGAGAUUACAAGAUAGAGCCGACAUACAGCUAAAGGGGGAGAAGUUGAUUAUUACAACUGACCACCACCACUCUCGUGGCUAGUGAAGUAGUUCUUUACCUCCAAGUAUAUAUCAUUGUUGUAUUAACUAGCAUGUAUCACAGACUAUUGUGUCUCUGUGCAGCUCUCUUCAUUGUGCCACUUGCGAAGUUUGCAAAACGGGGUUGAACAUGUAGUGCAAUAACGCCUAUAAUAUGAGAACAUACUGUAGAUCAGAGCUUUAUUUAUGUAUAGAUGUAUUGAAGUUAUAGUUUGGAUUGUCUGUAAAGUUUUUGACACACCGUGUGGGGGUGAAGAAACAUCAGCGUGCUUACCGUGGCAAAAGGAACCAUUAUUACUCACUCCUGGCAGGUGCCGCAAUUUGCCGUCCCCAGAAAAUAUUCUGCCUCACCUGGUGGAAAAUGAGGGAGAUUCUCAAAAAGUUUGAGUUAAAACAGAAAUUGAAUGUUAGUCAUGAGAAUACUAAAAAUAAAAAAUGCCUCCCCAGGCAUGUUGCCACCAGCCAAAGGAUGUGGUUAUAGUAAAGCCUUCUAUGAGAAAUUAGCUAUGAAAAGAUGACAUUUUCUCUAUUUUUUUAAGGUCCGUUUUGUCUUUAUAAUGUUGACAUGAAUGCACUAGUCCCAUUACGAUAACCUAAACUAUUAUUAGAAUAUUUGAAUCAGCACUAAAAUAAAUGUUGUCAUAAUUGUCUUCCCAUAUUUGUUUCACAUGAUUAAUAUACUGGCUCACAAUAUUAUAAUUAAUAAAGAUUAUUUAAUUUCUUUCUCACAGUACGAUUUUAAAAGUAAUCACAUGCCCAAUGUCUUUCCAUUUAUUACUGACUAAUUGCAAUUGAACAAAUCCAAUUAAUACACGUCUUUGAACAACCAUAAACCUCACCCAUAUUCUAACAAUGUUUGUCAUUGUCUUCGAUGUGAAUUGAACAUGACUCUACUGAUGUGUUUACAAAUGUGUAAUUGUCAAAUUAAAUGCAAUUAAUAAAACAAUACAUUGUGUU